GCAUUCCCAUCCCGAGCCAAUCGCCUCUCGCCUUUAAAUCCUGCGCCCCCACCGCAGCCUCCACUCCCACCGCUCUCGAUCCUCCCACCGCUCCGACUCAAUCGACGCCGAGGAGAGAAAGGAAGGGCCACUCGAUCGUAAGCGAUGGCCCGGGGAGAGAACCAGGAGUCGCAGACGGGGAACGUGCCCGCCGCAUCAGCGGCGUCAGCGACGGGGGCGAAGCCGGCGUCGGCGGGCACCGGGAAGGGUGCGGAGGGCCAGUCGGUGGUGCGGCGGCUGCAGUCGGAGCUGAUGGCGCUGAUGAUGGGCGGCGACCCGGGCGUGUCGGCGUUCCCGGAGGGGGACAACAUGCUCCACUGGGUGGGCACCAUCGAGGGCUCCGCCGGGACGGCGUACGAGGGCACCUCCUACCGCCUCGCGCUGGCCUUCACCGCCGAAUACCCGUACAAGCCGCCCAAGGUGCGGUUCGACACCCCCUGCUUCCACCCCAACGUCGACGUGCACGGCAACAUCUGCCUCGACAUCCUCCAGGACAAGUGGUCCUCCGCCUACGACGUGCGCACCAUCCUCCUCUCCAUCCAGAGCCUGCUCGGAGAGCCGAACAACGACUCGCCGCUCAACACGCAGGCGGCGGCGCUCUGGGCGAACCAGGAAGAGUUCAGGAAGAUGGUGGAGAAGCUCUACAAGCCCGCGGCGUAGAGGAGAGGAGGAGGACAGCGCCCGGCGCAGAUGUCGCCUCGGGUUCUUCAAGCACUGAUCUCGCUUGGAUCGAUCGACAAGAGAUUAUUGGGUGGAUGGAUGGGUUUCGUUGGGUUGAAGGCUCCCAGGAGUAUGUGGGUCCCUGGAGCCUGGCGACUCUGUAAUUGUUCUUUGAGUUCUGAAAUGUUCAGAGAUUCAUUUUAACAGGACCUGUUUUCGUCCCUUUUCAUUCUGACUGCGAUAUGGAUAGGGACAAGACUGCUCGUAUGAUCUCGAAAAUGUCCAGCAACUGCAUCAACGCAAUAUUCAAAUGGCUUC